AUGGCUGCCGCUGCCGUGAGUGGCGUAACUGCAGCUGGUCAGCAUGACCAGACUGUCGUGGGCUUGCCUGCUAGCAACCCGGUCAAGCAGCCUUGGGUUUGGCCUCUGCCUCAAAAAUGGGAGCGUGGAACUUCCACAUUAAAAGUCAAUGAAAACAUUCACUUUGACUUUGAAAGUCACAACACCAUCCUUAGCAAGGCUGUAAAGCGUUAUCAUAACCUCAUUUUCCAAAAAGAUGAUUAUCCCAUGAUUCCUUACAACUGGACUACCACAGAUAGCCAUGCCCGCUCAUCCUUGAGUUCCGUUUACAUUGAUAUCCGUGAUAAGUCGGACCAUUUGGAUAUGGAUACUGAUGAGAGCUACUCUUUGACCAUUCCUGUCUCCGGCAAGGCUAUCAUCACCGCCAAGACUGUCUAUGGUGCUCUUCAUGCCAUUGAAACCUUCUCCCAAAUCGUUCAGUACUCUCCUGGUCUUCAUUCCUAUGUCAUUCCUAAUGCCCCUUGGAAGAUUUCCGACUACCCCAAGUACAAACAUAGAGGUCUCUUGCUGGAUACUUCUCGCCAUUACUAUGCCGUUAAGGAUAUCGAAAAGACCAUUGACACCCUCUCUUGGAACAAGAUGAACGUGCUUCACUGGCAUAUGAUUGAUUCCACUUCCUUCCCUUACAAGUCCAAGGCGUACCCUCAACUUGCUGAGAAGGGGUCCUACAGUCCAGCUCAUCAGUAUGAUGCAAAGACCAUCAGUGGCGUCGUUCAAUAUGCUAAGGAACGGGGUGUUCGAGUUAUUCCUGAACUUGAAGCUCCUGGUCACAGUACUUCAUGGGGUUAUGGUAUCCCUGAGAUUGCCUCGUGCGUUAACCACGUCCCAUACUUUGGCUAUACCGUCCAGCCUCCUUCCGGCCAAUUGAAUAUUGCUAAGAACAAGACCAAGGAAGUUGUUAACAAGAUUAUUGACGAGUGGGCCGAGCUUUUCACCGAUUCUUUCUUCCAUGCAUCAGGUGACGAGGUUGUUAUGGCCUGCUGGACCAAUGAUACCAUUGUCGCUUCUUACCUCAAGGAACAUAACAUGUCUGUUACUGAGUUGUUCCAGAAAUUCGUCCUUGAUAUGCAAGAUCAUGUUCGCUCACACAAAAAGACUGUCAUGGUUUGGCAAGAAAUGCUGUUGGAAUAUCAAUUUCCUCUUCCUAAGGAUACAGUUGUUCAAGUUUGGGUGGGAUCAUCUGGUGUCAAGGCAACUACUGAAAUGGGAUACAAGACCGUUGUUUCAUCAAGUGACUACUGGUAUUUGGAUGUCGGUUAUGGCAAGCCUCGCAGUAAUCCUUAUCCUGAUGUCGCAGGAGCCGGAUAUAACCAUUGGAAUCGCGUUUACUCUUAUGAUAUCAGAGCCAACUUGACCAAAGCUGAAGCUGACCUUAUCAUUGGUGGUGAAUGUACUUUGUGGGGAGAAUUGGCUGACCACACCAACUUUGAAGGCAAGAUUUGGCCACGAGCUUCCGCUGUUGCCGAGCGUCUUUGGUCAGGCUACGAAACACCCAGCGGUGAAAACAUCACAAGCGCCGACGCUAUCCUCCGCCUUUUGCCCUGGCGCGAUCGCAUGCUUCUUCGCGGAACCAUGGCUUCUCCUCUUAACCAAGGUUUCUGCACUCGUAAUCCCUUGGACUGCUUCCAGCCUCCGGAAUAAAAUUGAAUUCUUUUAGUAGUUUUUUAUCAUAAUAGAUUGACUUGUUUACAACCAUCGUGGUAAUAAAUUUUGUACCAGUAACUUCU